AUGAAAGAGUCUACUGGAAACUUGGAGUCAGGCCUAACUCGAUUCUUGAACAGCCUCUACGCUUGUUUUCGCUUUAUGUCAAGAUUUUUAGUUCUUUGUCAAUUCUGUGAAUGUCCUAAAAUUAAACGAAAGACACGGUCAACAAAUGGCAAUGGAGAGCAGAGAACUGAAAAGUCUGAUUGCGAUAGAGGUGGUGACGCUGUCAGCAGAAGUUUUAGCUUUCCUAAACGUUAUAUCCUAAUGAUAAUGACUUUCCUUGGUUUUAUGAACAUGUACGCUUUGCGUGUUAAUUUGAAUGUCGCUAUCAGCGCUAUGGUGAAUAAUCAUACAAUUCACCAGAAAGGCUACACCGUUAUCCGGGUAAGAAUUUACUUUUUUCCUUUGUUCUUUUAAGGCCAGUCCUAAUUUUAAAAUGGCAAAUAAUUGCUAUCUUAUUUUUAGCUGAAAGUCUGCUAUGAAACAUUCAUGCGUUAUCUAUUGUUUUGAUUUAAAAACAGGUUAAUAGUUUUUUUUGUUGACUGAAAUCACUCUUUCAGUGUUAUAUUUUAUUGUAAGGUAACAAUUAAAUCUUACUUAAGUGCAUUAUUUUAAAAGUUAAUCAUGAUAAGUUCAUAUAUCGCCUGCAUGUCAUGCAUACAGCUAUUUCGAGAAAGAUUGUUGGAAAAAAAGCACGCGACGAUCCCGAAAGCUAUUGUGGGUGGUUUUAAGUUCCCUGUUUCCAAAGAAAUUUGAAAGAGUGGCUCAAGAGGCCAUGGACGUAUGUUUACGAGUACUAAAGGAGAGCAACAAAAUUAGGUUUGACAGCUACAGUGUCAGGAACAGUGUAUUGACCAUAUCCCAUACUACCUUUCGGGAUUGUCGCGUGCACAUUUGUUGUCCGAGGUCUUUGACCGGCAACCUUUCUCGAAAGAGCUGUAUACACUUGGGCCUUGCAGUUUCUAAGGCGCAAGGGCUUAAAUCAGUGAAACAUCAUGCUUUAAUUAUUUCAGCGCGCAUGUAAACAGGUUUCUUAAUGUAAGACCAUAAGACGUGAGCGCGCUUUCACCUUUAGCAUCAGAAUUCUGUGGAGGGUCACAAAUAAAUGUUGGAGGGACAAAAUUGGGGGGAAGGGGAGAAAAUAAACGGGCGUAGCUGCCCCUUUCUCUCCCCAAAUUUCUACUCGGCUUCAGGCUUAGCUUUCCUUUUGUCAUUUCUUAAGCCAGAAGCUCUACCCAAUGGCAAGUACAUAUCCAAUGGGCAUGCACGCCCUUUUUUUUAAUCAGCCAUCCAACUACCAGAUACCGAGCCUGCAUGUGCGUCGGAAAUAUGUGCUAAGGGGCUGUUUACAUUGAGGGAGGGAGAUCCUAGAAGGCGGAACAACUUUAAGUCGGGUUUACAUGCAGAAAUUUCGGUCCGUGUUGUGCCCAAGUGGAGAAGGGUCGAGAAAGAAUUAAAAAUGGAGGGUGACAAAAAACAAAAAUGCAAUUUGGACCCUUCUGCUUUCUUUGCUGGCGUUGAUAACUACCUUUCAACAGAAUUAUCAUAAUAAUCAGCUCAUGGUAACACCAAACGAAAUGGUCGGCCUUUAUAUUGCCAUGAUUAGCCACUGAACGACCUGCCGCCAUUUUUUGAUGGUUUUUCCCUAGUACUUAAGGAUCUUUCUAGAGAAGGCAGUUUACAUGGUGCUAGGAUCUUUCUAGUUCUAGGAAAAUCCUAUAGCGUUUUUAACGAGUACAACCCUUUGUAUUGAUAUCGAAAACAGAAAACAAAUGCCGGAACGAUGGUCCGCCUUCUAGGAUCUUUCUGGUACUAGGAUCUUCCUCCCUCCAUGUAAACAGCCUCUAAAUAUAUUUGCAGAUCAGUACAUUUAGCACCAACGAACAAAAAUAAAAUUAUGCUCUGGUAGGGGAUCCAGGAUAGACUAAAGAUACAAGGGUACAUAAAUUUGGAAUUUUGUGAAACGUCCCCCUCAUCUCAAUAUUAACCUUAUUUAUUGGUAAUGAUAUUUAACUAAAAAAAAGACCGAAGUAUAAGUGUGAUUAAUUUUCCAUUGAAAGCCUGUCGUUACCUUAAGUUCCAGUUGAUAACUUAUUAUGAUGUUCUGUUUUGUUAGGAAGCCGAGUUUGACUGGGACUCAAAACUCCAAGGUAUGAAACUUUUCAGAUAUGCCUCGACGGUUGCUAAUUUGUAGUGCCAAACAUCUUUACUCAUAUAGAGACAAUUUGCACAAGAAAUCGCGCUAAAACCCCGCCUAAGAGAGCAAGGUUGAAGUUCUUGGCUCAAAAAUGUCUUUGCUUAAGUUUACUUAUGUUCCUCCAAGUCGUCUUGCUAAAGAACAAUCAUAUGAUUUUAUUCAUAGGUAUUGUCUUAGGUUCAUUCUACUAUGGUUACGCCUUCCUACAGAUUCCUGGCGGCUACCUCGCACUCAAGCUUGGCGGCACCAGGAUAUUUGGAUAUGCCAUUUUCUUGGCCUCCAUGUUGACUCUCCUGACUCCUGUGGCUACUCGGUACAGUGUAUAUGGAUUAAUAGCUGUCAGAGCAGGAGAAGGACUUAUGCUGGUAUGCCCGGAAUACCUUUUUUUAAUACGAGACUCCAAUAGCAAAGACUGAGGCUACGUUCAAACCACACAAGACGAAUUUUCUUGCGAUCGGUCGAUCGAGGUUGAAGAUUAUUGCUUUUAGGCGUUCUAUUAACACAAAACUAUUUUCACCGUACGAAAAUUUAGACGGCUAGCCGUUCUAAAAUUUUGAAUGCCAAAAUCGAGGUCAAAUUUCUAGACAAUAAUGUCGAAAAUAUGACCAGCGCGGUGUGAUUACCAUGACCAUCUAAAGUUUUUGUACCCCAAAGGUAUUGGUUGAAUAGACGCUAGGUCACCCAGCUGGGAGACGCUCAUUUAAAAUUUGCUAAGUAGCGCUCUGUGCAUGGGUAAAACCACUGAUGAAAGUUUCAAAAAUUGAAGCCGGUUUUCAUUUCCGUAAACAGAGCAAAUAUAUGGAAAAGUUCAGUGUGUACGAAUCGUCCGGUCAAAUUUUUCAGCCGGUCGAAAAUUCGUCCGCUGCCGUGUAAACAUAGCCUAAGAGCUGAGAAACUUUCCAGUUAAUCAGUUCUAAAACAGGACAUUAAUUGUCCUCCUAACUGAACAUUUGAGUAUGUGGACCAAAUUCUUGAUCAGCCUAUCAUGUAACCAUUCAAACUAAACCUCUUUAACAGUACUUUCACUGAGUACUAUUUGAUUAGUCUGUAGUUGUAAUUUUUGAGCCUGUGUAUAAAAUCCUAUGGUGUACCAUUCAGAUGAAAGAUCUUCUGUUCAGCAGUACCUUGUCUUAGUACGUUUUGUGUUACUGCUGUGCCGAAAAUGAAAUGUAGGGUGAUGUACUUUUUUGACUUAUCGCUUAGGGCGCUGUCUUUCCAUGUAACCACGCAAUAUGGAGUAAAUGGGCUCCGCCUUUGGAGAGAACAACACUCGUCACCAUGGCUAUUUCAGGUGAGACUGCACGGAGCUUGCCAUCUUUAAAUAUUGGAGUAGUAGCAGCGAGUAUUAUCUCCCUGGUCAAAUUUUUAGUUGAGCUGCUAGUCCAUGAUGUCCUUUGAGGCUAAGAAGAACAUAAAUAGGAAAUUUAUUAUUGAAGAGUAAAUCGAAAUUUGCUGCUGUGCUGAAGAAUCUUUUUUGUCUUAGUUUUUCAGAAAAUGGCACCGCUACGCAGCUAUUAUGACAUUGCUGUCUAAUUAUUUUUGUCAUUUAUUUUUUUAAAUUUUUUUUUCAGGUUAAUUUGUAAUUGCGUAAAUUGCUAUUACAACAGCGACGAGAAUAUCAUCAUUUAACAUGGAAUCCGCAGCUUAUACCAUCUUCAUUCCAUGUAUCAUUUAUAAAAUGAACUCAACAAAUUGGCGUGCUCCCAAUUUGUGGGUCUUCAUAGCUCAUCUGGUAUAGCGCUGCAAAGGCCAUAGGCUGGAAUACCAACGAAGCACCCAAAAGUUUGUUUUGAUCUGAUUCGCAAUUGCUUAAAAAGCUACUACUACUGCGACGAUCAUAUCUUCAUUUGACUGAAAAUCUCUUUUUAUUAUUGUCUAUUAGGUUGUCACGUGGGCACCAUCAUAACCAUGCCAUUAUCUGGACUGUUAACAAUGUAUGGUUUUGAUGGAGGCUGGGCAUCGGUAUUUUAUUGCUUCGGUGAGUCCAGCGUCGAGAAAAACCAAGAAAAUAAGUAUCAUGGCAUUUAACAUUGUUAAUUUAACAUUUAUAAGGUGAAAUUAAGGAUUGAAAAACUAGAAGUUUUAUCAGACAUCUAAACAUUUUAUGGUGAAAUGAUUUCCUCUAUGAAUAGAACGCUUCCCACUUCGUAUCUGGUGGUUAGGACUUAAAUUUGGUCAGGCUAUGCAUUAUGGCGUUUUAGCUUCUCACUUUCUCUAUCUACCAAUGUCCAUACAUCCUAAAUGGGUACCUGCAAUAAAGGCCCUAAAGCAAAGCCGUUUUUGAGGCUAUUUUCUUUUUAAUACGCCUUAAAGCAACCAAAUUUGUCUUGCUAAUUGUCUAAGUUAUGGAAGAAUAACCUCUGGUAGCAAUAUAUACUCCUAACUGCUACAUUAUGUUGUCAUGCAGGAGCGGCUGGAAUACUGUGGUUCGUAGCCUGGCAGCUGGUUGUUCACGAUUCACCUUCAGUACAUCCAACUAUUUCAGAAGAUGAGAGAAAUUACAUCGAACGAAGCUUUGAUAAAGGAAACGUAAGUCAGAAUAUUGUGUGGCAUUAAGGUCACAACUACAUAAUUAUAUGUUCUUAAAACAUACGUCUUGCAGUCAAAAUAGCAAGUCUUUUAAAAUUAUAUAUGACUUAGUUUAAAGUCAGAUAAUCAUGAGAUAAAUUAAAGGAAAAAUGUUAACGUUUUCUCCAGAAAAACUACAUCUCAUUUAGAGUGGAGAGAAGAAAAAUCAACCUUCGGACCAGUCAUAUAGUGAUUUUUUGAUUUAGAACAAAAAAGAAUUAAGUCGAUCGACUAUGAAACAAAGUGGGGGUCAAAACUCAUGAGUAAAAACUACAAUUCUGACCCGCUCAGAGACAUUUGUUGAGAUAGACAUUCAUCAUAUAUGAUAAUAUCAUGUGUCGUCGAAGUAGCCAGUGAGACCGCGCGCUGCUACCGCAUUGUCAAGCGAUGCAUACGUUUCGAUAGUUACGUUGUUCUAUUUUAAUUUAAGUUGUUUUGUUUACGAUUUAGGAAAAUGCAGCGAUUCCAUGGAAGUCCAUUCUGACAUCAGUUCCGGUGUGGGGAAUUAUGUUUGGCAACCUGUCCUCAGACUGGGGGCUAUACACCAUUCUUAUCUGCUUGCCAAUGUUCCUUCUUGAUAUCUUACACUUCGAUAUACAGACGGUAUGCAAACCUCAAAGGCAAAACAUUGAUUGAUAGAUGGUAUAGACUAAUUGUUUGACCACUUGAUUUCAUGUUCGAAAGGCUACGGUUACCUCUGUAUGGAAAUCUGUCCAUUCCAAACAUUAGCUUUGGUCCAGACAAGAGAGAAUAGAUUAUUUUCUUUUGGUACAGACUAGCAUAAGAGACCUUUAGAUUCUAAGACGAGGACGACUGCGAGAACGAGAUUUUCUGAAUUGCAAUACUAAGAACUGCGCGAGCGUGAAUCAGCCUCACUUUGGCGGGAAAACGUUUUACGAUCGAUAGAGCGUUUAACCUCAUUCAAUAAUAAUAACCUUAUAGACUUUUCGGGUGCAGAAAAGCGAAAAGAAGCAUUCCAGGGUGUCUAUUUAAUUUUUUUAAGAAUAAGUAAAAAAAACUUUCUCAAAUCUCGUCCUGGUUGUCGUCCUCGAAUCUAAAUGCUUCUGAAUAAGAAAUAACCUCUGUAAUGGGGAACUUGCGUUCCUCCUUUUUACGCUCGUAUUAAGGACGUUCGACUGUAAGAUGGCAAGAGAGAAUGAUCUAAGCUCAUUCUCUCUUGAAGAUGGCUGUUCGUUUGUUUGUAUUUAUUUGAUCCUCAACCACCAUUUAUUAUUUACAAAAUAAACAUUAGCUGUUCACAUUGGAUCUUUAGAAUUAUUUUUAAAAAGUUGAUUUACUAGCAAUCAUAGAAGUGUCCACUAUUUUGGACCGGUUGAUUAUUCCCUUAUCUUACUUGAGCGCAGAUGGGUUUCCUCGCUGCCACGCCGUUCUUGGUGAAAGCUCUCUCGGGCCCCUUUGGUGGCAUUACGGCUGAUCUCUUGCAAAGGAGAGGACUAAGUACCAGAUCUGUCAGAAGGCUAUAUUUUGCUGUUGGUAAGGAUAGUCUUGAAACUCGGGCUUUAGUCUAACAAGGAGCGAUCUACCGGCUCUUGGGCUCUGCUUUAGAGAAGGGAAUGUUGAGGGGGCGGGGGGGGGGGGGGGGGUGGGGUGUAGGAUGAAAUUUUAGAGAUUUAUUUAAUUUCCCAAAGCCAUCACUCAAACUCAAAAAAGUUUUGACUUAGUUUUCCCUAAUUACCCUUUUACUAAAAUAGCAAAAACAACGGAUUCUAACAAAUUUAGAUCCCAACAAAACCAAAAAAGCCUUCGUUUUCCCUAAUUAUCCAUUUUAUAAACCACGCAUAAUAUAAGGCUCUGAACAUCAUUGACGUCAACCAAUCACAAGACUGCUUUUGAUCAUAUUUGCAUGAAAAAGGCGCGUCAGAAAUAUUUUAUUAUUAUCAUUAUUAUUAUUAUUAUUAUUAUUAUUAUUACUAUUAUCAUCAUCUAACAUGACAACUUUAUUUCAUAUUCUAUUUACUGGCCCCUGUUGGGUACAUCUCAAUUCUAUUCAGUUCGAAGUUCCAACAAAUUAAUUCUUUAUCCUUAACAUUUUCUUUAAUCUCAGGCGCCUUGGGAGCAGGCACAUUCAUUGUUGCCGCGGGUUACGCCAAAACAGCCACAAUAGCGGUCACGUGUAUGUGUAUCGGCGUCGCUGCCUCUGGAUUGAUGCAUUCUGGGUAUAAUGUUAACAUGUUAGAUAUUGCUCCGCGGUAUGCUUGUAUAAUCAUGGGUCUGACCAACACAGUGGGAACAAUAACUGGUUUUCUCAGUCCUAUGAUGGUUGGAUUUAUUACUGUGAAUAAGGUCAGUGACUUACAUUCAACAGAUCCUCCAACGAUUUUUUCAACGUUAAUUUUGAUAUGGGCCAUUUAGUGAAAUUCCGUCAACACAGCUGCAAACAGAGACUAUAAAUACUGAAAUCUUCUGUUAUAUUAGGCCCAGUCCUCUGUUAUAAGCUACCCCUUCUCUCUUUUAAGCCACCUCCCCUCCCUUCCUCCGUAUUCUUAACUGAUAGACUGUAUUAAUUAAUCACCCCUAUAACACUUCAUGUGAAAUGAUCAUCCAGUACGGUUUAUUCAUGAGGUGGAAGUUCGGAUUUGAUUUUCGGCUUCAUGACCUCCAACUUCUUGUAGUUGAGCUUUCCCACUUUGCAUUCUAGUUCUUUAUGGAGAAUUGAUACCAUCCUCUUCCCUAAAUUAAUUAAGUUUGGUGCCCCUUCCCCCCACCCGCCACAAACAUUCUUUAAAUGAAUAAGCCCCUUUAAGGGAUAUUAUUAUUCAUUCAAAAUAUUUCCUCAAUUCUGAUUGGCUAAAAGCACACGCAUAAUUCACCAUAACCAGUUACUGAUGACCAGAUUUGAAAGAAUUUUGUGUUUAACAAGGAAAUGACAUCAAAAAUGCGGCCUUCUACAGGUUAAUGCACCGUUGACCAAGAAGACCUGGGAAGGAGGUUGGGUUUGUUUUGGUUGUGAACUUGAAAAAUGGCGGACAUUUCACUCGUUUAUAAGAGUAAGAACUAGGCGAAAAAUAGCUAAAAACAUGGCAAGAACAGCAAGAAGACAACUCGAAGGGCGGCAUCUGCUAUUUGGAGAAUAUUUGCGGAGCUGAACAACCCUAAACGUGCACUAUCGAAGAUGAACUUAACAUUUGGCUUUCGUAUCAUAUGAAGAAUUAUGGAGAUCUCGGAGGGUGUUAUCCGUCGACGCCGUAACACCCUCCUUGAUUUCCAUAAUUCUUCAUAAGAUACUCAGCCCCAUUCAUUAAUUGUUCAAUAAAAUUGCCAAGUUUAAAAGUGAUUUGUUUAAAAGGAAGAAAACUCGUAAGAUUUUACCACCGUUUGUAGGGUGAGGGACAUCUACUUACCACUUACCAGUCUUACCAUACAAUCGUCUGCCGGUAAAACUUCGCUAGCUUUGGAGAGCUAUACCUUCGCUAAACGUUUGGCGUAUCACUUCCAAACUUGGCAAGUUUACAAUACUAGGGACUCUUUUCGGCGGCGUGGACGGAUUUUCGCCGAGUGAUCUCCGCCAUCCAUCAAAACAUGAAGAAAAAAGUUCGUGAUUUCAUGGUAUUUUUUUUCUAAACACACUGUUGUCCAACAUUUUUUAGCUGACAAAAGAGCGUUUUUUUCUCCCACUUUAGAAAGCUGAAGAAUGGCGGACAGUGUUCUGGAUCACGUUUGUUAUAUAUGUCGUAGGAAUGUUUCUCUUUUGUCUGUUGAUGUCGGCCGAGUUGCAGCCAUGGGCGACAGGCCGUGAGGGUCCGAAAAAAGAAGGCAGAGAGGAAUUACACAUGGCAGAGCAAAGUUAA